CAAAUUGAUAUUUUUAGAUUUUUUCACAAAAAAUUUGUUUAGAGAUAAGUUGCAUUUGACCUCUUUUGAAACUCCCCCAAAAUUUACGAGGCAAAACCCUAGAACACCAAAACCACAGACAAUGAUAGAUGAAGUGGUCAACAAUGAAUCUGAAACUAGCGAUGAUUCUUCGAGUUCAGAUGACCCAAAAUCCCCACAAAACGUGCCCAAUGACUAUGAAAAACAGAGGGAAUUGAGGAUUUCUCAAAAUAGGGCUAAAAUGGAAGCGAUGGGUUUAAAGAAAAUUGCGAAUUCUUUGGUUGAUUCGGGGAUAAAGAGAAAAUCCCAGCUUAAAUCCAAAUCCAAAAGGGUUUCUAUGAAUGGCGUAGAAGAUGAUCUAUAUAACCCUAAUGAUGAAGAUGAAGAUGAUGAUAGUGAUUCUAGUUUGAAUAGUUCGAGCGAAGAGCUUGAAGAGGACCAAAAGGGGAAGAAGAAGAACAAGAAGAAAAAGAAUAAGAAGAUUCUAAAUGUGACAAAUUCUGGGUAUGCUUCAAAAAAGGUAAAGUCCAGAAAACCGAGGUCUAAUACACAAAAUUCUUUGAAGAAAUCUGUUGACGUGAGUGACGCCACAGAUCUUCUGGAUGUAGAUGAAGCUUUGAAAGAGGCCAUAGCUCUUUCUUUAAAAGAUUUCAGAGAAACAUCAGACCAGCAGAUUGGCAAGACAAAUGAGCACACAAGGGAAGCUAGUACCAGGAAGAGAAAAUCUUUCAAGAGUAGUGUGCAAAUGACUGAGGAUGACCUGGUCAUAAACUUCUGUCAGUUUGACGAGAUUGGCAAGGGAAGUAUAACGUUAAGAGACUUGCAACGGAUGGCUGCUUCUCAUGAUUUUACCUGGACCGACAAGGAGUUAGCUGAUAUGAUUCAGUGUUUUGAUAGCGAUAAGGACGGAAAGUUGACUCUGGAUGAUUUUCGAAACAUUGUGCUGCGGUGCAACAUAUUACAAGUCCCACAAAAUCCGUGAUGGCUGCAUGAGUCACUGAGUUUAGUAAUUGUUUAUUUUCAAAAUACAGAAAACCUGUAGGUAUAAAAAUGUAUUCCUAUACUCGAGAUUAGAAAAUCUGUAAUAACAUACUCGCACUAACCCUUUGUAUAUCUUUUGGCUCAACAAAGAAAUAUUGUAAAAUAUAAAAUCUGUUAAUAAUCCUUUGUGUUAUUUCCA